GUCCCUGGCCGACCUGCCGUGGAGCGCCCUGGCCGGCCGGCUCGGGGCCCGGGCCCGGGGAGACAGCUCGUCCCCGCUCCUGCCACCGCCCGCGUCCCCUCCCCGGCCGGUCCCUCGCCCGGCCCUGGCCCCAGUCCCCUUCCCACCGCUACCCCUGCUUCCUCCGCUCCCUCCCAUCGGGCCGGCCUCUGGAGGAUGGGGCCGCGACUUCGGCCGAUGGGGCGCUCCGGCCUACCUGCUGGGGGCCACAGGGUGGGUGAUGCCAAUCACAGCCAUGAAGAAAAAGGUGCUGUUGAUGGGGAAGAGUGGAUCUGGCAAGACCAGCAUGAGAUCGAUCAUCUUUGCAAAUUAUAUCGCGCGAGACACCCGCCGCCUUGGUGCCACGAUUGAUGUGGAACAUUCUCAUGUUCGAUUUCUGGGAAAUCUGGUUCUGAACCUCUGGGACUGUGGUGGCCAGGACACCUUCAUGGAGAACUAUUUUACCAGCCAACGGGACAAUAUUUUCCGCAAUGUGGAGGUUUUGAUCUAUGUGUUUGACGUGGAAAGCCGCGAGCUGGAGAAGGACAUGCAUUACUACCAGUCGUGCCUGGAGGCCAUCCUUCAGAACUCCCCUGAUGCCAAGAUCUUUUGCCUCGUGCACAAAAUGGACCUCGUUCAGGAGGAUCAGCGGGACCUGAUUUUUAAGGAACGGGAGGAAGACCUGAGGCGGUUGUCCCGCCCAUUGGAAUGUGCUUGUUUUCGAACAUCUAUCUGGGAUGAAACACUCUAUAAGGCCUGGUCCAGUAUCGUCUAUCAGCUCAUCCCCAACGUUCAGCAGCUGGAAAUGAACCUGAGAAAUUUCGCUCAGAUCAUUGAAGCGGAUGAGGUGCUUCUCUUUGAAAGAGCAACUUUUCUGGUGAUCUCCCAUUACCAGUGUAAAGAGCAGCGCGACGUCCACAGGUUUGAGAAGAUCAGCAACAUCAUUAAGCAGUUCAAGCUGAGCUGCAGCAAGCUGGCGGCCUCCUUCCAGAGCAUGGAAGUGCGCAACUCGAACUUUGCUGCUUUCAUUGACAUCUUUACUUCCAACACCUACGUGAUGGUCGUCAUGUCUGAUCCAUCGAUACCUUCUGCAGCCACCCUGAUCAAUAUCCGCAAUGCCAGGAAGCAUUUCGAGAAGUUGGAGAGAGUGGAUGGACCAAAGCACAGCCUCCUCAUGCGCUAAGUAUGGUCACGUGACCCCUUGGGAAGCGUCGAAGCUCCAUCGUGUUCUUGGUCUGGUCUUCAGUUUUGAGAAUGUAGUGUUGCUAUCAUGUAUUCAAGCUUUGAGAUGAAUGCUGCUUGUCCCCUCUAUAUUCUUACCCUGUGCUCCCCCCUCUUCCAAAUAAAACACAAGCAUACACAUACACUCCCCCCCAUACACAUACAUGCACCUACACAUGCAUAUAUCCACAGACACUUCAGCCAUACCCAUACUGCAUUCCCA